AUGGCCGAGCAAAAUAAGCAAUUGCAUGCAAGGGUUCGAUGCAUGCAUGAAGCAUAUAUUAAUGUUUAUGAUUGCUUCUUUUUGUCCUUCUUUGGAGCAUUUACAUUAGGUUUGUUUGGGGGUUUAAAAGCUCGACAUCUUCAGCUUAUUGCUUUAGGUGGUUGCAUUGGGACAGGAUUGUUUGUUGGAUCAGGUGGAGCAUUAGCUGUUAGUGGACCAGCAGCAUUAUUAAUCGGGUAUGCUAUUCUAUCAUUUGUGAUAUAUUUUGUUAUGAAUUCACUUGGAGAGAUGACUUGUUUUAUGUGCUCAAAGGGAGCAUCAGUUCCUCAAUAUGUUACACGAUAUGUUGAUAGUUCAUUAGGAUUUGCAGCAUCAUAUAAUUAUAUUUAUGCUUAUGCUAUCUUGGUUCCUGCAGAGAUUUCAGCCGGUGCAAUGGUUAUACAGUAUUGGACCAGUGAUGUUCCAGUGGCUGUUUGGAUUACUAUUCUUUGGUUGGUGAUUGUUGCACUAAACUUCUUUGCAGUUCAGUAUUAUGGCGAAGUUGAAUUUUGGUUUGCAUCAUUAAAAGUGAUUUGUAUCAUUGGGUUAUUGAUUCUUGGUGUUGUUUUAUUCUUUGGGGGAGGGCCUGCACAAAAUGGUAGAUUGGGGUUUCAUUAUUGGAAGAACCCAGGUUCAGUUAGAGAACAUUUGGCAGUGGGAAAUGCAGGCAGGUUUUGUGCAAUUUUAACAGCAACUAUUCGAUCAGGUUUUGCGUUUAUUUUAAGUCCAGAGUUGAUUACUAUUGCAGCAGGGGAGACUCAGAAUCCAAGAAGAAAUCUUGCAAAGGCUACAAAAAGAUUUGUUUAUCGAAUUGUGUUUUUCUAUAUGUUUGGUGCAUUGGUUAUUGGGGUGAUUGUGGCAUAUAACGAUGAAGGGCUAUUAAAUGCAGUGAAUUCAAAGGACUCAACAGCAGCAGCAUCGCCAUUUGUUAUUGGGAUUCAAAAUGCAGGAAUACCGGUGUUGAAUCAUAUUAUAAAUGGUGUUAUCUUAACAUCAGCUUGGUCGUCGGGAAACUCAUUUUUAUAUGCAGCAUCAAGAAACUUGAUGAAAGCAGCCAACGAAGGGUUUGCACCCCAGUGGAUGGGAAAGUGUAACAAGUGGGGAGUCCCCUAUUUUUCAGUGAUGAUUUGUUCAGCGAUCAGUGGAUUGGCAUAUUUAAACAUUACUUCUUCCUCGUCGUUGGUGUUUACAUGGUUGUCGAAUAUUUGUACAGUGUCAGGGUUUAUUGGAUGGAUAGUGAUUGGAAUCACAUAUUUGAGAUGGAGAUCAGCAAUGUUCUACAAUGGUCUAUGGGACAGGUGCACAUUCAAAACGCCAUUGCAACCGUACUCAACCUAUUUUGUGAUAGUCUUUGUGAGUUUGGUUACAAUUACAAAUGGGUAUGCUAUUUUCUUUCAUUUCAAUGCGUCGGACUUUGUUGCAGCGUACAUCACCAUACCCAUCUUCUUCGGGUUGUACUUGGGCCACAAAGUAUGGCACAGGACUAAGUGGUUCUACGCUGUGGAGGACAUCGACGUAAUAAGUGGAUUGGAAGCGAUUGAAGAAGAAGCAGCAAAUGCUUCUCAUCCAGCUGCAAAAAACGUGUGGGAGAAAAUCUGGUUCUGGGUCGCGUGA